GUUAGUACUCAGUUUAGCUCUGGACUCCGAUCAGUCAACACCCUGUGGAACUUGAGACGCUACCAUCUUCAUUCCGUGCUAGGAAGUCGCAGCAAUCGCACUUACUCCGACAAUCUGCAAAGGGCAGUCGAUCGUCUUAGUCCUCAGUUUAGCUCUGGACUCCGAUCAGUCAACACCCUGUGGAACUUGAGACGCUACCAUCUUCAUUCCGUGCUAGGAAAGUCGCAGCAGUCUUCUUCAAAUCAUACUUGAAUUAAUCGAGGAAUAGACAGGAUGAUGUCCAUUAAUGACAAGGUGGCAACAAAGCGUAUGACCUUUUAUCCGCUUAGCAUAAAUAGCACCUUACAUCUCAACAAAUUCACCUUCUGCUGGAAGAUAGACCAUUUUGAAAGAGUCCUGGAUGUAUUCAAGAAUGAAUCACAACUGAGCUCUCCGAUAUUUCCACCGGAGAAUAGUAACGGCGUCGAAUGGAGCCUUCUUCUCUAUCCCAACGGCGAAAAUCCCAAAUGCACCGACUACAUUUCUGUUUUCUUGGCGCUUCAACUCGGAUAUCCAAACACGAUCAUCGACUUCACAAUCGCACUACUCGACGACAAGGGUAAUACGCUUGAAAGACGUAGCAUCGAAGACGCAGAGUUCAAAACCGGGCACUUUAACAUAUGCUGGGGUUUCUAUAACUUUUGUUCCAAAGACAAAUUGCACUCAGUACUAAACGAUCAAUCGAUCAGUAACACGAUAACGAUCUCCUGUGAGAUUGAUUACAAAACCGGUCGUCAGGAUACCGGUCCCAAAUACUUGAGUAAUAUGGCUGAUAUGCUGGAUAGCGGUAGGUUCAGCGACGUUACACUCAUUUGUCAGGGUAAAAAGUUCAAGGCGCAUAAAAUGAUGUUGGCCUUGAGAAGUCCGGUAUUCUCGGUUAUGUUCGAGCACGACAUGAAGGAAACUAGGGAAAGUGUCGUCGAGAUUCCAGACGUCGAGCCAGAAAUCAUGCAGGAGUUACUACAGUUUAUUUACAACAAAAAAGUAGACAAACUCGAGGAACACGCUUGCCCUCUCUUAAUCGUCGCUUCCAAAUACCAAAUUGAAGACCUAUCGGACAUGUGUCAAAAAUUAUUAAUCAGUAAUCUGAAUACCAAAAACGUUCUCAGUAUGCUAACUUUCGCCGAUUUCUACGACGCAAAAAAAUUGAAGUCGAAAGCCAUUAGUUUCGUACUGGCAAACAUAAGAGAAGUAGUCUCGACGCCAGAGUACGUUAGACUGGGGGUGUCGCAUGGUCAUUUACUUCAAGAAAUCCUCACUGCCAUGGCGCUGAGGGAGGGGGAAGUAACGGAAUUGAAGAAAUCAAAAUUCGUCAAAUGUUUCACAUCUGAAGACUUUGAUCAUUAUCCAACGCAAACCAGGAUGACAAGAAGAUCCCAAUUGGCAAGCGAUCAUGACUCUUUUUAUGUAACGGAUCCGAGACGAAUGGUGGGCUCAUCACACCUAUAUACUGGAAAAUUCUCCGAGCAGCUGCUUCACAUAUGAGCAGCAACUGUACGACGGCAGCGCCAGACUGAAAAGGCUGCUGCUCCAUUUUAACCCGGUUUAGUAAGUAAGAUUCCUAUCAAGUCCAAAAAACGGAUUGGGAUGAUAGGAUUCGAAUCCACGACCCCUCGAGAUGGGUCAGAUAGUUCAGGAGCCAUCAUCGCACCUGUGUAUUAGGUUCACUAAUACUUAGCUAAGGAUAUGAAGGACAACUACCAAUAUAUCCUACCUAAAAAUAGAAAAGAUUUUGAAUUCGAAGUUUCACUUUUAUAAGAAUAUAACCGAAUAUGAUAUAUAAGAAUAUACACUUUUUUUAAGUAAAUAAUAGAAUAAUAAAAAGCUACGCAAAGAUAAAAAA